AUGACCCAUGGGCCGCACGCCAGCCGGGCCCCGGGUUCCAGGUCCCGACUCGACAUCGGCGCCAGCGACCGCAAGUCCGUCCCGGAGCCCGACCUGCGCGCCUGGGAAUUGGCGCAUGGCAGCCGAGGAUCCGUCGCCAGGUUGUCCAGAGACCCAUCGGCCGGGGUCCGGUGCGCCGGCGAAGUGGCCGGCAAGAAGCGCCGCAUGUACCGUGGCCAGCCUCAACCUCCCGGGAUCCUUCGACAGCGGGGCCAGCUGCGUCACCCCGGCCGACUGGGGGACAGCGCGCCACCCCCGGGCCAUGGUGCCUGA